AUGUCCGGGUUUCGAGGCACACGCAACAGCAAACCUAAGGGCAGCUUCACAAGCAACACUUGGCACUGCGACUGCGCCCCGCCGUUGCCAGCAGACCAUUUCAAAGUUAGGAAAGAGGGAAAGAACAAGGGUCGCUGGUUCUACACGUGCCAAAAGCAACAGGAAGAGCGCUGCGGUUUCUUCCUUUGGGAAGAAGAAGCCAAACCGCGGAUGGAUGCAGCGAUCGUAGCAGCUUCCCCGAACGAGCCUCAUUCUUCUCGAUAUGUGGCGGCUUCGAACCAUGACCCAAAUCAAUCAGGGUUGCCAGGGCCAGCAUAUCCUCCAGGCUCUGUGAAUCCUGGCAAGCGUAGGCUGCAGACCGAAGUCGAUGGCGACUGGCCCACGGACGCGGAUCUUGAAGCUGAACUCAGUAAGGUAGAUGAUUAUGGCAAUACCUCCAUGGUCCCUCCGCCUCCUGUUCCGUCAGUUACUCCAAGGAAAGCGAUCAAGACGGACGCAUGUUCGACGCCAAGUAGCAAAGCGUUAAUGACCCCGGUCUCGCGCCACACACAUGGACGCAUGACGGACGCUGAGCCCUCGGCCGAGUCACCUACACCGUCCCGAUAUAAAAAUACUCCCACAAGCGGACGGGGGGAAGAGAGAUCCGCUGUCCGUGAGGUCAUGCGCCUACUUUCAGAGCGAAACAUUGACAUCGACUCGAGUAGCAGAGACGGGCUCCAUGAGGUUUUGAGAGAAAUUGAUCUGCGCGUCGAAGGCAUUUCGAGGGGCCGCGAUAUAUCCAGGCUGGCCGUCAAGGAGCGAAACGCCAAGAUAAGUGAGCUGCAGGCAAGAAUCCUCUCGCUGGAGGCCGAGCUGGAGACCCAAAGGGCCGUCAUCAGCAACCUCAACUGGCAGAAAGAGACCGGACAGUUUGACUGA